AUGACUUGUAACAUGCGCUGUCCGACCAAUGACCUUUGUGACCUUCAUGAUAAACCAACGAAACCGGCAUUUAUUCAAGGACCGGCAACCUAUUUCAUAAACUAUACAAGUUAUCUAAAUAACAACGACGACGAUGGCGACGACGACAGUAACAACGACGGCGACAACGACAGUGACAACGACAAUAGCAUUAACAAUGACGACGACAAUAACAAUAACAAUGACGACGACGACACCAAUAACAAUUUUGACGACGACAACAACAAUAACAAUGACGACGACGACAAUAAAAAUGACGACCACGACGACAAUAAUCAUAACAAUAACGAUGACGAUGUCAAUAACAAUAACAAUGACAACAACAAUGAAAACGACGUUGACAAUACAAUUAAGAAUGACGGCGACGACAACAACGACAAUAACAAUGACGAUGACGACAAUAACAAUGACGACAAUAAAAAUAACAAUGACGUCGACAGCAGCAAUAACAAUGACGACGACAAUAACAACGACGACAACAACAUUAACAAUGACGACGAAGAUGACAAUAACAACAACAAUGUAGCAUGGUACUCGCGCGGCAAUACUUCUAUUUAA